AUGAUCCGCGAUUCAAGAAAAUCGAGACGGGGGAAACAGCGAAAAAAGCUCCCAUUGCCGGUUCCGGAAAAAAUCUUCGAGAUCACAACAUGUCGUACGGAGACAUGGACUUUGCUGAUAUUGAUAUGGAAUUGGAGGAAAUUGCAGCAGCAGAGGUGGAAAAUAAUCAGCCAGAUGAGGAAGAAUUAUUGCAAGGAGCACCACUUCCGGCAGCAGAAAUUCCUCAACAAGACAUCGAUCAUCCAAUUCUUGAAGCACAACAGGCAGGUGACGGUCAAGUCGCACAACCACAACAGGCAGGUGAUGGUCCAGUUGCAGAACCACAGCAAGUAG